AUGGAGCUGUCAGCUUGCGUCGAUAGUGCCGCGCCUCCGAGCCUCCUUCAGGGAGUCCCGAGCCUCCAUCAGGCUCGGCAAGACCACUACACCCCGUCCGUUCGGUCCGCUGCAGUCGCAAUGAGCGGCGACCUACUGCCGCCGUCUGAUAUAGAGCUGGGCGAACGGCGCGACCCCAUAUCCCUCGAGCCAAUCACCAGCCCGCCUUCCAUCCGCCGGACCGCGUCGAUAGGCACCAGCAGCGGUAGGGACUUCUGCUUAUCGCUGCCGCAGAUCCCUCCUCCCGUCACUCCGCGACCCGACUUAAUAGCACCUCCAGAGGAAGCCGAUUCAGACAUGGGAAUUACCAUAAUCUGUCCACCCAGGAACGGGCUUCUAUUAAGCCCUACUGACGAAAGCGAAAAAUCGGGCGAAACUGGCGAAGCCGGCGCGUCCAGCAGCAGACGUGGCGCAUCAGGCCGUUUGGGCACGUCCGGAGCUGGCCCGGCGGUUCGGAAAGGCUCGCCGAGCCUGAGCCGCGCGAGGCUCGGGUUGGGGGAAAUCCGGCUGGACCUGGGCGCGUUGCGCGCGCGCACGGAGCGGGAUUUCAACGCGGAGGCGAUGGAGGUGCGCGCGCGCAAGGAGAAGUUCGCCUUCUUCGAGAAGGACUGCAGCCGCGUGCUGGAGCACGUGUUCGUCGGGAGCGAUUACGUGGCAAGAAGCCGCGAGAUCCUGCGCGAGGCGGGUGUGACGCACGUGCUCAACUGCGUGGGAUUCGUGUGCCCGGAGUACUUCCCCGGGGAUAUCGUGUACAAGACGCUCUGGCUGCAGGUGAGAGAAAGGGGCGGGGAAGAGGGGAGAGGGAAGGGAGGGAGUGGGGGGAAGGUGAGGGGGAGUGGUACGCAGGUUGGUGGAAGACAACACGGCGGUGGACGUAACAUGCGUGCUGUGCUGUACGACGUGUUUGACUUCAUAGAAGGCGACAACACAGCGGAGGACAUCACAUGUGUGCUGUACGGCGUGUUUGACUACAUGGAGGGCGUGCGGGAGGGCGGUCACGGCUGCUCAUCCUUGCACUCGUCUCACUCUCUCCACCUCUCUCUCCCUCCUUCCGCCACCUCCCCUCUUCCUCCCCUGCAGGACAACACGGCGGAGGACAUCACAUGUGUGCUGUACGACGUGUUGGAGGCAACGUCUCCUCAUCCUCGCACCCGUCUCUUUCUCUCGCCAUCGGCCUCGGCCCCCCCACUCGCCUCCCCCUCCCUCCCUCCCUCCCUCCCUCCCUCCACCACCCGUUCUUCCUCCCCCACAGGACAACACAGCAGAGGACAUCACGUGUGUGCUGACAACACAGCAGAGGAUAUCACAUGUGUGCUGUAUGACGUGUUUGAUUACAUGGAGGGUGUGAGAGAAGGCGGAGGGCGCGUGUUCGUGCACUGCUGCCAGGGCGUCUCGCGCUCCACGUCGCUUGUUAUCGCCUACCUCAUGUGGACACAGCGCCUGGAGUUUGAGGAGGCGUUCAGGCGGGUGAAGGCGGUGAGGGGCGUGGCGAGUCCCAACAUGGGCUUCGCAUGUCAGCUGCUGCAGUGGCAGAAACGAAUUCUGCCACCCAAAUCAGCAGCCCCCGCGGCAGCAGCAACAGCAGCAGCAGCAGCAGCAGCCCCCCCAGCACCAGUUGAUCCGCCAACAGUAUCCGCAGCAGCAGCGCCAGCAGCGUCUGAAGCGGCGGGCGGCGUGGUUCGGCAGCACAUGUAUCGCAUGGCGCCGCACUCCCCCUACGACGCGCUCCAUCUGGUCCCAAAAACCGUCCCUUUCUCGCGCAACUCACUGGACCCGCGCGGGUGCUUUCUGGUGCAGGUGGGAUCUGCUGUGUUCUGCUGGGAAGGCAAGCAGUGCCACUCCCUCAUGGCCCAACAGGGGUUGGCUACCGCCAGGCAGAUUAUCAAGUAUGAGAGUCUGGGCGGGGAGCCGGUUAUGGUGACGGACGGGCAGGAGCUGGAAAGUUUUUUGGCUGCCCUUGGGGAUGGGGGUGGAGGACGGGAGGGGAGGGUGGGUGGGGGGAGUGGGGCAGGGGCUGAUGCUGAGUUGAUGAAAGUGGUGGCUCGGCAGGGGUUGACGUACCUCGGGCAGGACGCAAAACUUUUAGAUGGUGCCCAGCAGAGUUGUGGAUGUGAGGUGUCUGAAGGGGUUGUAGCAGCUGCUGCGCCUGAAUCAGCAACGAGUGGCAGUUCAUCUAGUGCGCCAGACGCAGCAGUAGCAGCACAUGAAAUAGCACCGGCAGCAGCAACACCAGCAUCAGCAGCAGCAGCACCAGCAUCAGCAACACCAGCAGCAGCAGCAGCAGUGCCAACAGCAGCGUCCUCAGCAGCUCAGUCAUCUCCAUUAGCAACAAUUUUAUCUGAUUCUCCGCUCUCACCCUCCGCACUCUCCUCCACCUCCCAGUCUACAACCCCAUCUCAGCCCAAGCCAACAACCCCGUGUAAACCCAAAACGCCAACCCCUUCCCCACCCAAACCAAGCACAUCACCCACACCUGCGAGCCCUCUUCUUCCCUCGCUGCCUCACGCUGCCUCUGCCCCAAACGCCCCUCACACCCCCACCUCUCCCGAACCUCCCAACCUCUCUUCUCAGCUCACGCCCCCCAACCAGGCCUCCACAUCUGCCGGGCCUAGCCAGAAGUCCACAUCUCCGGGAUUCUCUGCCUACCGAACCUCGUCCUCGCUCUUGGGCUCGACCUCGCUCUUUGGUGCGGUGGACAGGUUUGCGCAGAAGCUUCGGCGCCGAAGCUGGGACCGCAAGGAGGCAGAGCAGCUUAGGAAGAUGGCUGCAGCGGCGGAAAAAGAAGUAUCGGGAAAGAAAGAGAAGGGGAAGGAGGGGAAGGGACGCAAGAGUGACAGCCCAUCAGAAGGAAAAGAAGCAGCAGCAGGAGAAGCAGAGGGAUCAGGAGGAGGAACGGGCACGAGCAGGAACAGUGAGGGGCGGGCGAGGAGGAGCGAGAGCCUCUCAGAGGAGCAGCUAGAGGCGCUAGCAGGGCAGCUGCGGUGCGGGGGUCUGCUAGAUCCCUCUGAUAUCCGCCUGCGCCGCCCCUUCCUGCGCGGGCUGGGGCGCACUGGGGGAGGCGCGGACUGGGGCAGGCGGAAACUGGCUCAGGAAGAGGCGGGGAGGGAGGAGGAGGAGGACGGGUGUGGGGCGGGUGAGGCGGUGGAGGAGGGAGAAGGGAGGGUGGGAGGGGAGGGGGAGGAAGGAAGUGUGGAGGAGGAGAGGGAGAGAGAGGAGGGGAGGGUGGUAGGGGAGGAGGCUGGUGGGGGAGAGGAGGGGCGGGCGGAGAGGGGGAGGGGGCGGGAGCGGAGGAAGAGGGGCGAGGGGAGGGGCAUGCGUGGGCUGUCUCCCAUGCGCCUGCUGGCGAAGCUGUCAGGUGCUGCAGGGGGGGAGAAGGAGCAGAAGGGGGCGGGAGAGGGCGGAGGGAACGCGAAUUCCAGUGGCAAUGCAAGCAGCAGUGCAAGCAGCGCGGCAGUGACGUGUCUACGCCUGACUGCUGUGUCGUCGCCAGUAGUGCCUGGCAGGGCGGGUGGAGCCACUGUGCCUCCAAUUGAUGCUCUGGAAGGUUCCAGUGGUGAUGCUGCUGCGGUCAUCGAUGCUGCUGCUGCCGCUGCAACAGAUGCAACAGCUGAGCCACCUGCCGCAGCACCCACAUCACCUGAUAAAGCACCUGAAGCUGUAUCUGGGCCAGCACCCAGUGCACCUGCAGCCGCACCUGUUCCAAUCCAAAUUCCAAACCGAAACCUUGUGCUUAACUCACCCGCCCCUGCCCCCACUGCAUCCUCCUCCUCCUGCUUUACUGCUCUCCCCUGCUCUCAAUACGACACUGAUUUUGAUUACUUUGAAAAGGCUCUCACGGGCGGCACGCCCCGUCCUGUAGCGGGCUUCGUGUCCCCCUCGGCCAGGCCGAACGUGCUGCCUCACAAGGGCCGCGGGUGGCUCUCUAACGAACCUGCCUGGAAUGACAACCCACCAGGUUCGGCAGCUGGUUCGGGCAUAGGCUCGGUAGGGGGGAACGCGUUUGGUUCCAAGGAAUGGCCAAGCUGGAUUCCGAAGAACAGGUUCGGUGCGCUAGGCUUGGCAGGAGGUCCGGGGCUGCCGUCUCCGUCGUCAUUCUCCCCUCGUUCGCUCGCAUUCUUCCCUCCUGGCGGCAUGGGCAUAUAUGGGCAGGAGCUGAUGCGGUCUGUGCCCAAAGCACAGCAGGAGGGAGGAGGGCAGGGAGGGGGGCAGGGAGUGGGACAGAAUCAAGAACAGGGGAAGGAGAACGGCGGGACAGAGUCAGGUGCAGGUGCAAGUGCAGCGGCCGCUCUUCCCUCAGCAGCACAGGGGGUGGGGUCAGGAGGGCGUGGGAGCGUGGAGAGUGGGGGAGUGGGGUUCACCCCCAGGGGGGCGGGUCGCUAUGGGGGGUUCACCCCCAGGGGGGCGGGUCGCUAUGGGGGGUUCUCCUCUCAGGGAGAGCUGCUUACUACCCCUCGUGGCGCCACGUCUUCCGUCAAACCGCCCUGGGAGGUAGGCGCGGAUAGAUUUGCCGGUGCAGGCUCGGGUGGAGGUCCGGGAGCUAGCUCCGGCAGCAGCAGCAGCAGUGCAAGGUUGCCUAAAGUGCCGGUUAAAGCCGCAAGUACAGCAGCUGUUCCUAACAACAGGAGUACACUUUCUUCGGUACAAGAAUCCAGCGCUAGAGAGGACUGCUCGACAACCACCCCUGACAUCUCGUUAUUGAAUGGUUCACAACACACGGUUACAGCGAAUGGCUCGGAAAACCGCUCUAACAAUGACAAUGGGAUUUUCAAUGGAGCUGAUGACUACAGUGCUGCUGGCCUUCCGUUUGGGAUGACUCCUAGAGGACGUCCCCCACCAACGUCCUUUGCUGACCUGGACAAACGGGGCUUGGGUGGUUGGGGUAAUGAUGGUGCCAGCAAGGCUCCCCCGCUGCCGAUGUCGAAUAGAAGGUGA